GCAGUUUAUCUUCUAAUCUGAAAAAGUCAUCCAUGAAAACUUCAUUUAAAAACUAAGUAAUGUAAUCUUUCCUAGAAGACUGAAAUGGGGACUGUCAUUUUGAGGGCCCUGUGGUUAUGAAUGUGUGUCAACGUCAUAAUGCCUCCUGCUAUGGCAGACGUCCUUGACAUCUGGGUAGUCGAUUCACAGAUAGCAUCUGAUGGCUCCAUACCUGUGGAUUUCCUUUUGCCCACUGGGAUCUACAUCCAGCUGGAAGUACCUCGAGAAGCUACCAUUUCUUUUAUUAAGCAGAUGUUAUGGAAGCAAGUUCACAAUUAUCCAAUGUUUAACCUUCUUAUGGAAAUUGACUCCUACAUGUUUGCAUGUGUGAAUCAAACUGCUGUAUAUGAGGAGCUUGAAGAUGAAACACGAAGACUUUGUGAUGUCAGACCAUUUCUUCCAGUUCUCAAAUUAGUCACUAGAAGUUGUGACCCAGCAGAAAAGUUGGACUCAAAGAUUGGAGUCCUUAUAGGAAAAGGUCUGCAUGAAUUUGAUGCCUUGAAGGAUCCUGAAGUGAAUGAAUUUCGAAGAAAAAUGCGCAAAUUCAGUGAGGAAAAAAUUCAAUCUCUUGUGGGAUUAUCGUGGAUUGACUGGCUAAAGCAAACCUAUCCACCAGAGCAUGAGCCAUCCAUCCUUGAAAACUUAGAAGAUAAGCUGUACGGAGGAAAGCUAAUUGUGGCUGUUCAUUUUGAAAAUAGCCAGGAUGUGUUUAGCUUUCAAGUAUCACCUAAUUUAAAUCCUAUCAAAAUAAAUGAGUUGGCAAUUCAGAAACGUUUGACUAUUCAUGGAAAGGAAGAUGAAGCUAGCCCUUAUGAUUAUGUGCUGCAAGUCAGUGGGAGAAUAGAAUAUGUAUUUGGUGACCACCCACUAAUCCAGUUCCAGUACAUCCGCACCUGUGUAAUGAACAGGACCUUGCCUCAUUUUAUCCUUGUGGAAUGCUGCAAGAUCAAGAAGAUGUAUGAGCAAGAAAUGAUUGCCAUAGAGGCUGCCAUAAAUAGAAAUUCAUCCAACCUCCCUCUUCCUUUACCACCAAAGAAAACGCGAAUUAUUUCUCAUGUUUGGGACAAUAACAACCCCUUCCAAAUCAUCUUGGUUAAAGGAAGUAAGCUUAACACAGAAGAAACUGUAAAAGUUCACGUCAGAGCUGGCCUUUUUCAUGGUACUGAGCUUCUGUGUAAAACCAUUGUAAGCUCAGAGAUAUCAGGGAAAAAUGAUCACAUUUGGAAUGAACCACUGGAAUUUGAUAUUAAUACCUGUGACUUGCCAAGAAUGGCUCGAUUAUGUUUUGCUGUUUAUGCAGUUUUGGAUAAAGUAAAAACAAAGAAAUCAACAAAAACUAUUAAUCCCUCUAAGUAUCAGACCAUCAGGAAAGCUGGAAAAGUGCAUUAUCCUGUAGCAUGGGUAAAUACAAUGGUUUUUGACUUCAAAGGACAGUUGAGGUCUGGAGACAUAAUAUUGCACAGCUGGUCUUCAUUUCCUGAUGAACUUGAAGAAAUGCUGAACCCAAUGGGAACUGUUCAGACAAAUCCAUAUACCGAGAAUGCAACUGCUUUGCAUAUUAAAUUUCCAGAGAAUAAAAAGCAACCUUAUUAUUACCCUCCCUUUGAUAAGAUUAUUGAAAAGGCAGCUGAGAUUGCAAGCAGUGAUAGUGCUAAUAUGUCAAGUCGAGGUGGAAAAAAGUUUCUUGCUGUACUGAAAGAAAUUUUGGACAGGGAUCCCUUGUCUCAGCUAUGUGAGAAUGAAAUGGAUCUUAUUUGGACUUUGCGACAAGACUGCAGAGAGAAUUUCCCACAGUCACUGCCAAAAUUACUCCUGUCAAUCAAGUGGAAUAAACUCGAAGAUGUUGCUCAGCUUCAGGCACUGCUUCAGAUUUGGCCUAAACUGCCCCCUCGGGAAGCUCUGGAGCUUCUGGAUUUCAACUAUCCAGACCAGUACGUCCGGGAAUAUGCUGUGGGCUGCCUGCGACAGAUGAGUGAUGAAGAACUCUCGCAGUAUCUUUUACAGUUGGUGCAAGUUUUAAAAUAUGAGCCUUUUCUAGAUUGUGCCCUCUCUAGAUUCCUAUUAGAAAGAGCGCUCGCUAAUCGGAGGAUAGGGCAGUUUCUCUUUUGGCACCUUAGGUCAGAGGUGCAUAUUCCUGCUGUGUCUGUCCAGUUUGGUGUCAUCCUUGAAGCGUACUGUCGAGGAAGUGUAGGACACAUGAAAGUACUUUCCAAGCAGGUUGAAGCACUCAAUAAGUUAAAAACUUUAAAUAGCUUAAUCAAAUUAAAUGCAAUGAAGCUAAACAGAGCUAAAGGGAAGGAGGCCAUGCAUACUUGUUUAAAACAGAAUGCUUAUCGGGAAGCCCUUUCUGAUCUGCAGUCACCCCUGAAUCCGUGUGUCAUCCUCUCCGAACUCUAUGUUGAAAAGUGCAAAUACAUGGAUUCCAAAAUGAAGCCUUUGUGGCUGGUAUACAAUAACAAGGUGUUUGGUGAAGAUUCAGUUGGAGUGAUUUUUAAAAAUGGUGAUGAUUUACGACAAGAUAUGCUAACACUCCAAAUGCUGCGCUUGAUGGAUUUACUCUGGAAAGAAGCUGGUCUGGAUCUUCGGAUGCUGCCCUAUGGAUGCUUAGCAACAGGAGAUCGCUCAGGUCUCAUUGAAGUCGUAAGCACCUCAGAAACAAUUGCUGACAUUCAGCUGAACAGUAGCAAUGUGGCUGCAGCCGCAGCCUUCAACAAAGAUGCCCUUCUGAACUGGCUUAAAGAAUACAAUUCUGGGGAUGACUUGGACCGAGCGAUUGAGGAGUUUACCCUGUCCUGUGCUGGCUACUGUGUAGCUUCUUAUGUCCUUGGGAUUGGAGACAGACACAGUGACAACAUCAUGGUGAAAAAAACUGGCCAGCUCUUCCACAUAGACUUUGGACAUAUUCUUGGGAAUUUCAAAUCUAAAUUUGGCAUUAAGAGGGAGCGAGUGCCUUUUAUUCUUACUUAUGACUUUAUUCACGUCAUACAACAAGGAAAAACAGGAAACACAGAAAAAUUUGGCCGGUUUCGCCAGUGCUGUGAAGAUGCAUAUCUGAUUUUACGCCGGCACGGGAAUCUCUUCAUCACUCUCUUUGCACUGAUGUUGACCGCUGGGCUUCCUGAGCUCACAUCAGUCAAGGAUAUACAGUAUCUUAAGGACUCUCUCGCCUUAGGAAAGAGUGAAGAGGAAGCACUGAAACAAUUCAAGCAGAAAUUUGAUGAGGCACUCAGGGAAAGUUGGACAACAAAAGUGAACUGGAUGGCUCACACCGUUCGGAAAGACUACAGGUCCUAACGACCAGCCUUUUCUCCUCAUGUGCUCGUUAGUCUGUUUCAUUGUCAUUUUGCAUUUGCACUAAAUUGAACAUGACCCUGCCAGAGAUGUUGUAAAGGGAAUGAAAUCCUGAAACCUGGAGUUCAGUGAAGAACAAGGCAUCCCACAGAACCUGCUCUGACCCGUCACUGAUGCCCACCCUCAGCUCUUUGAAUGCUUCCAGGACUCAUCAUGAAUACUGUCACCAGCACGGAUAAUCAUUUCCUGCUGACUUUGCACGCCAAGGAAUGCUACUGGGGAUUGUUUCAUGUCUUUUUUUUUUUUUUUAAGUGUUUGGUACUUUACCAGAUAGGUGUAAAUACUUCUUUUCAGUGUUGUGACCAAGUGUUUCCAUUCAGGCAGGAACCCCCGCUCCCCACUUACCCACAUUUGGAGGGCUGGAGCUAUUCUACUUUCCAAAUGAGUCUUCAGAGAAAGAUACCUUCCCUUUUUAAAUUGUGUAAACUACAAAUUGCAAUAUAAUUUGAACUUAUUUUUCAAAAGAAAUCUUUUAGAUCUUUGAGAACUCAUUAAUUUUGUUAAUAUUUAUGAACCAUGAUAGCAUCAUUCCAGCCCAACUUGCUGAAAAUCUAUUGGUGAGGCAAAUAUAAUAUAUAUACAUACAUCUAUCUAUAUAUAUAUAUAAAAUGUGCUGCACAUAUAUUUAUAAAAUUUCUAGUGGGAGAUUUAUGUAAAAAGAUGUUUCUUUGGUAUUCUCUCUCCUGUGUUUUAAAGUUUUACAAAAAGCAGAACUUUUUCUUAAGUUACUUUUCAGUUAAGUGUGUGAUCCAGUUCUUCCAGCUGCUUCUGUAAUGAGGCACAUGAAUACAAUUUUUAUAUGUAGCUAUGAAAGAGUUCAUUUCAUAGAACAUAAUACUUGAGCAGAUAUAUCCAAGAGAGCAAAUGAAAAGGAACCUAUUUAUGGAAUAAACUCCAAACCUAAAUUUCAUUAUUUUAGUAAUAUGCCAUCUGUUCUUACUGUAUUUAUUAAAACUUGUAAUAAUGUGAUUUUUUUCAAUGGUAUUCAGAUUGAAAUGGUUUCAUGCCAUGUGGAAAUCUUUAAUUUAUUUGUUGAGGUACCAUGUAGCUAGGGUGCUAGGUGACAAGUAAUGUUAAUAUGUGCAAUAGGAACUACUGGUUUGACUGUGUAAAGGAUUGGUUUUUCUGAGUACUGGCAAGGUGCUUGCUUUGGCAGCACAUGGACUGAGUACUGGCAAGAUCCAGGAAAACUACUGCUGAUUCUCCAAAAUCCUCAAUGACAUGGGAAAGACAGCCAAGUACUUGCCCUGUGACUUGAGUUUUAUAUAGGAAUUUUAUUAAAAAUUGUUUAAUUUUGUUUUCCUCCUUAAUGUUCUCAAUCAAAUAAAUGGGUGAGCUGGUUUUGGCUGCUUUGGGA